AAAUGAGAUGAAAAACUUGUAGAUCCAGCUGUUAAAAGAGUUGUUAAUGUUUUUUUACACUUUGAUUAUCAAUCAGAGCAAUUGAAUUGGUCCUUUAGACAGCACUUUACUAACAACUAUUUUUAUCAAGAAAUUUUACUAUAAAUACAUAGGCCAAUAAAACCACAAAAGGCAUCACUUCACAACGGAAAAACUAAAAGUUGUCUCCUUUCUUCUUCCCCUAACUAGCUAACCACAUUUGGGAGGCUAAGUGGUGUAAUUUUCCGGCGAAAUGAGGCUUAACAGUGGCGGCCCUGCCAAGGGUCGUCAGUAUUUGCCACAAAUCUUAGUGGCAUUGGCCAUAUUGGCCAUUGCUAAUGUAGUGUCGGCAGACCCUUAUGUAUACACUUCUCCACCACCUCCAAUGUAUGAGUACAAAUCACCACCACCUCCUUCUCCGUCUCCACCACCACCUUAUGUGUACAAAUCUCCACCUCCUCCAUCACCUUCUCCCCCACCUCCAUAUGUUUAUAAGUCACCUCCUCCUCCCUCACCUUCUCCGCCGCCUCCAUAUGUUUAUAAGUCACCUCCACCUCCUUCGCCAUCACCACCUCCUCCAUAUGUGUAUACGUCUCCACCACCUCCCUCACCGUCUCCACCACCACCCUAUGUGUAUAAGUCUCCACCACCUCCAUCACCAUCUCCACCACCACCAUAUUAUUACAAGUCUCCACCACCUCCAUCACCAUCUCCACCACCACCAUAUUAUUAUAAGUCUCCCCCACCUCCAUCACCUUCACCACCACCUCCAUACUACUACAAGUCUCCUCCCCCACCAUCACCUUCACCACCACCUCCAUAUUACUACAAGUCGCCACCUCCACCGUCACCGUCACCUCCACCACCAUACUAUUACAAAUCUCCACCACCUCCUUCACCAUCAACACCCCCACCAUAUUAUUAUAAGUCUCCACCGCCACCUUCUCCUUCACCUCCUCCACCAUACUAUUAUAAAUCUUCACCACCUCCUUCACCUUCUCCUCCACCAUAUUACUACUACUCACCACCACCACCGAAGAAAUCAUCUCCCCCACCCUAUCAUUACACUUCUCCACCACCACCUGUUAAGUCACCACCUCCUCCAUACUACUACUCCUCGCCGCCGCCACCCAAGAAAUCACCUCCUCCACCAUAUCACUACACUUCCCCACCACCACCAGUUAAGUCACCUCCAACUCCAUAUUACUACAAGUCUCCACCACCACCACCAAAGAAGUCUUCUCCCCCACCAUACUACUAUACUUCACCACCACCACCAACUCAUUACUAUCCUCCACAUCAUCAAUUUGUAGUCAAAGUUAUCGGAAAAGUCUAUUGUUUUAGGUGCCAUAAUUGGAAGCACCCAGAGAUGUCCCACGGCAAGAAACACUUGAAAGGUGCUGUUGUUGAAGUGACUUGCAAGGCUGGUGACAAGGAAAUUGUGAGUUAUGGCACCACUAAGAUCAAUGGAAAAUUUAGCAUCACAGUUGAAGGAUUUGAAUAUAGCAAAUAUGGAGCAAAGGCUUGCAAGGCUAAACUCCACAAUGCUCCAAAGGAUUCAAAGUGUAGCAUUCCUACGGACCUUCAUUGGGGAAUUAAGGGAGCUAACCUCAAAGUGAAGUCAAAGAAUAAAUAUGAAGUUGUCCUCUAUGCAAAACCAUUUGCUUAUGGCUCUAAGACACCUUAUGCAGAAUGCAAAAAGCCCAAGCCUACCCCUGCUCCAUACUAUUAUAAAUUUCCUCCACCUCCAUCACCGACUUAUGUUUACAAGUCACCACCUCCUCCAUCACCGAAGUAUGCGUACAAGUCACCACCUCCCCCAACCCCAACAUACGUUUAUAAGUCUCCACCACCACCUGCUUACUAUUACAAAUCUCCACCACCACCAACUAAGUCUCCACCACAUUAUUAUUAUAAAUCUCCACCUCCACCAUCACCAAAACCUGCACCGAUAUACUAUUAUAAAUCUCCACCACCCCCGUCACCAUCACCUCCACCGCCUUACUAUUACAAAUCUCCACCUCCACCAUCACCAAAACCUGCACCUGUAUACUAUUAUAAAUCACCACCACCACCAUCACCUUCUCCCCCACCUCCUUACUAUUAUAAGUCCCCUCCACCACCAUCACCAAAACCUGCACCGGUAUACUAUUAUAAAUCACCACCACCACCAUCACCUUCUCCCCCACCUCCUUACUACUACAAGUCUCCUCCACCACCAUCGCCAUCUCCUCCUCCACCAUACUAUUACAAGUCUCCACCACCACCAUCGCCAUCACCCCCACCACCUUAUUACUACAAGUCUCCUCCUCCACCAUCUCCAUCACCACCACCACCCUACUACUACAAGUCUCCUCCACCACCAUCACCAUCUCCUCCACCUCCGUACUACUACAAGUCUCCUCCACCUCCAUCGCCAUCUCCCCCUCCACCAUAUUACUACAAGUCUCCUCCCCCACCAUCACCUUCACCACCCCCUCCCUACUACUACAAAUCGCCUCCUCCACCAUCGCCAUCUCCUCCACCACCUUACUACUACAAGUCUCCUCCACCACCAUCACCUUCACCACCCCUUCCCUACUACUACAAAUCGCCUCCUCCACCAUCGCCAUCUCCUCCACCACCUUACUACUACAAGUCUCCUCCACCACCAUCACCUUCACCACCCCUUCCCUACUACUACAAAUCGCCUCCUCCACCAUCGCCAUCUCCUCCACCACCUUACUACUACAAGUCUCCUCCCCCACCAUCGCCAUCACCACCUCCACCCUACUACUACAAGUCGCCUCCUCCUCCAGUAAAGUCUCCUCCUCCUCCCUAUUACUACAGCUCACCUCCUUCACCAGUGAAAUCACCUCCUCCACCGGUGUACAUUUACGCUUCACCACCACCUCCGGUCCACUACUAAAAAAUUUUAAGAGUGCAGUCAUUCUCCACAAUCAAUCAAAUUUUAGUUUGAAACACAAAAUAAAUGAUGGCUUCUUGAGGAAUAGAUUCAAACCUCAAUGGUACAAAGCAAUUAAUUUAUGGAAUAAGAUAUUCAAUUUUUCAAUUGAACGAUUGAAUUUUCAUUGUAUAGAUCAGUUGGCUUCUACUUCUCUUUUGGCCUUCUUGCACAUUGUUCUCUUAGUGCGUUCACAUGAACGUAUCUAAUA